AUGGGUAAGCUGUUAAAGAAGUACGCCCACGGCCGUGGGUUGCCCGAGAACUCCCUUCGCACCGCGCUGCACUACGACGAAGAGCGAAAGAAACGCGACGACGCGCGACGACGAAGCGGCGGCUCGACGAGCGCGGCUGGUGGACAACACUCUAGAGCGUCGUCACACGCGUCGUCGGGGUCGACGAAGCGAUGGAAAUCACGAGGAGGGGCGAAACCUAGGCUCAUACGCGCCCUACGAGUGAGCGCACACGGACACCGAGCGUUGACGAAGCAGGAGGUGGACGCGCUCAUAGCGCCCGUGUUGCAACCCGUGCGCGCCAAGUACGGCGGACAAGGGUUCGCCAAGCAAUCGACGUUCGUAAACAUCGCGAGCGAUGACUUUUUGAGCGAGUUCGAGGCUUUAUUCGACGAGCACGUCGACGGGUUCAAUGGGAAGUCGUACGUGAAGAUGGGCAAAUCGCAGGAGGACAUGCUUUGGAAGCAAAAGUUGCGCGAAAAAGCAAAGGCUAACGAAGUGAGAGCGAGCGACGUCCGCGCGCACGACGCGGGCGAGGUCAGGGCGAAGAAGAAAAAGAUGAAACUCGUCACCGAACCGACCGUUCGCGUGGACGUGGAUAUGCAGGCGCAGGCCAUCGCGGCGUAUCGUGCCCUCAAGGCGAAAAAGGCAGCGGCGCAAAAUCAAAAGCGACGCUAA